AUGCCAGUACCCUUGGAGGCCAUCUCCCCAGUGUCUCAUGCGCUCGAGCUUCUCGUAGGCGAAUACAGGAAGAGGCUUGCGGCGGGUCGUUAUCAAGAGGCGAGCGACGUUCUUCAUGAGGCCAAGGAGACCUUGGCAGAGACGCGCAAAGAAGGUGAAGCCCGGGUGGCGGAAGUUGAAGAGGCUCGGCGCUCGUUCCAUCCCGGCUUGAAGUCGAUGGACGAUCUCGAUGAACGGUUAAUCCUAGCCGGCCGUCAACUCAAGAAGCACAAGUAUGAGCUUGAUAAUGCGCCCUGGUUACAACGAUGGCUGGUUCGGUCUGCCUUGGCGUUAUCUCUCGAGAAUGAUCUGAAACUCAUCCGAGAUCUUGAAAAGGACGCGAGAGCAACAACUACCUGUCCCGAGCGUGGUCCUGCCUCCUCACCACCUGUUCACGAAGUAAAGAAUCGGGAAACUCACCCUCGGAAGUCCCGGAGGAAGCAACUUCGUGAAGCCUUGAUAAAGAGACUAACGAAGUAUCAGAGAGUGGCUCAGGCGUGCGCACAUCUAGACGUAGAUAUGUAUACCGACGAUAUGGUUCUCGUCGACGGGCACCCUGCUCCUCUUGAUAAUGAGACUUGCAUCGUCCUCUCUGAACUAAUCGGCGCGGAUUUUGAGCAAACAGUGGUCAACGCCCUCGAAGUUCUCACGCCAUCAUCCUUGUGGUCACCGUCCUCGUCUUCGUCGACGCUUGCCUCUCCGGAAGACCCCGAUGGCAAAUUGCUCGCGAAGCUCCAAGGUCGUCCGUCACUUGACUCCUUCUAUAACAAUGCGCGAGUAUCUCUUGCUUUUGCCGCUCAUCAGUGA